AAGUACAUACACCAAGUGAAAAAUGGUCAAACGUACUCGUAAAGUUGGGAUCACAGGAAAGUACGGUGUCCGCUACGGUGCUUCCUUGCGUAAGCAAGUAAAGAAGAUGGAAAUCUCACAACACGCCCGUUACACAUGUACUUUCUGUGGUAAGGACUCCGUCAAGCGUACUGCCACUGGUAUCUGGAACUGCAAAGCUUGCCGUAAGGUCAUUGCAGGUGGUGCUUACACUUUGGCCACCCCAGCUGCCACUACUGUCCGCAGCACCAUCCGUCGUCUUCGUGAUGUCCACGCUGAGUAAGCGUUGAGCUGCACAGCAAGUCUAUUUACGACCAUGUACUCAUGUAAGAACCUUUCAUACAGAUCCUUCCUUGGUAUGAGAUCGUUUAGACGCGUU